ACGUAGAGUUUAGGGUCCCACGGACGUAAAAAUAAACAUUUUAACUGAAGAAUGAACAUGAAAGUAGGCAUUACAGUGACAUAAUUCAUUAACGAGAUGUGUUGGGAAUGUCAUCAGUAGAUACAAGUCUGCACUAGAUACACAGACCAAUACCUGGAAUCAUUUUGAUGAGAAUCGUAUGACUGUAACAUUGUAAAAACAGACUCAAAAGGUUCAGCUACACUAAAAAACCAUUCAGAUGAGACAUAAUCGGAAGUGAACAGAAAUUAUGUCAUGUGCAGAGUGUACUUCCGGUGAACUGGCUGUUGAUUGGACGUGUCUGAAGUGCGGAGUCUGUCUGCAUGACAAGUGUAUAGAACGUCACAGGGCGAACAAAGCGGAGACAACUCAUUCCAUCAUCCCAAAGAUGGACGCUUUGUUUCAGGCCCCUGCUGGUACGAGUAAAGAAUCCAACCCUGACAAGAUCGAGGUCCAUGGGCCGGGCAUUGAACCAGAGGGGGUACUGGGAGAAUUCGAUCCGACAUUUAACGUUAAAACACAGGGUGCCGGACCAGGAAGGCUGGGAGUAAAUAUCCGAGGCCCAAAAGGGUCAUUUAACGUCAAGAUGGAGAAACACGCUGAAGACAAAACUAUGAUCGUCUGCUCUUAUGAAGCCAAUGAACCUGGUGAUUACGUCAUAAGUGUCACGUGGGGUAAUAUUGAAGUUCGUGGUUCACCUUUCAAAGUGAAUUUACAGAAUAAAACGUGACAAGAUGACACAUUUUUCUGCUCAAAUACUUUCCUUGAUGUUUUUUUUUUCAUGUAUAUCAUAGAAAAAACGCCUGUUUCCACAACUGUAUUUUCCACAAUGCAUGUUCAAUUUUAGGGCAGGAGUCAGUCUCCUUUCCCUAUUCUCUUCCGUCUGUUUCCAUUUUCUCUUUGCUAGAAAUUGACCCUGUUAAUGAACUUUGUGCAUGAAAACAUGCAUGUUAGUUUCAUUAGAGUCAAUAAAGAAGUCCAUGUACCUUAUUCUAAUUUUCGAUCUUUUUUUGAAGUGUCCGACUCAUUAAUGUACAUUAUUCCUAAAACCAAAUUGGGUUAUGUUGUGUUCGAAACUAAUUACAAUUGGGAGAGGUUAUCUUACCUUCGCCAGCAAAGGCUAGCUUUCCACUUCUGUUACCUUUUGCAUCUGAUCGAACUCAAUAGUAGCGGAUCCUGGAUUGGCAGCCGAUGGAGCUGUCUUACGCCCGCCCAUUUUUAUUUUCAAAGUGAAUACAAUUAUAUCUCAAAAAUCCCUUUAGAAGGAGAGAACUGUUACAUAUUCACAUGUUUCAUAAAUUUUUAUAUUAUUUAUGAUUGACUUUACAAGUGAAUGGUCCGUCUAUAUACUAGAUGUUUGUUUUAUUCUGACUUCACAAUUUGUUUGUUUGUUUGUUUGUUUGUUUGUUUGUUUUCUCUGGGUUUUUUUUUUGUUUUUUGUUUUUUGGUCUUAAUUGUAAUGUAAUAUAAUAUCUAGUUCAUAUGUACCCAUUGGUAUAAAUAUUUAUAUAUGCACUGAAUCUUUUGUCUUAAUAUAUUUCUCCAAGAUUAUGUUUCAUUGUCUUAUAAACCAAACCAAAUCAGUUGCGAUUUCCGGUGCAAUUUAUGAACGAGUGAACAACACACCGAAUCACUCCCAAACAAAAUAAGCCUCCACCCAAUUCAAUUCGACAUCAGUAAAAACCAGUUUUUCUUGUUUCUUAUUCAUUGUUUAUUGAAAUGCAUGUACUUACCUUGCAAAUAAAGAUCGAUUGUGUUGUACGGUG